AUGGCGCCUCUCUCGACACCCCUAACCAAGCUGCUCGGCAUCCAGCACCCGGUGGUCCUCGCCGGCAUGGCCCGCGUCUCUGGCGGCUCCUUGGCCGCGGCCGUCAGCAACGCCGGCGGCCUCGGUGUCGUCGGCGGCUUCCGCCUGACGCCGCAGCAGCUGCGUGACGUCGUGGCCGAGCUCAAGGCCGAGCUCGCCCGGCCCGACCUGCCCUUUGGCAUCGACUUGGCACUACCCCAGGUCGGCAACGGCGCCCGCGCCACCAACUACGACUACACCGACGGCAAGCUCGACGAGCUGAUUGACAUUGUCAUCGACGAGGGCGCCAAGCUGUUUGUCAGCGCCGUCGGUGUGCCGCCCGCCUACGUCAUCGACCGCCUGCACCGCCACGGCAUCCUGGUUAUGAACAUGGUCGGCCACCCCAAGCACGCGGCCAAGGCGCUGGCGCGCGGCGUCGACCUGGUGUGCGCGCAGGGCACCGAGGGCGGCGGCCACACGGGGCCCGUCGCCGGCACGGUGCUGAUCCCGGCCGUCGUAGACGUGGCGCAGCGCGUGGCCGAGGAGCGGCGCCGCGCCACGGGCCAGAAAAACUUUUUGCUGGCGGAGCCGCUCGUGGUGGCCGCCGGCGGCAUCGCGGACGGCCGCGGGCUGGCGGCGGCGCUGAUGCAGGGCGCGGCGGGCGUCUGGGUGGGCACGCGGUUUGUGGCGUGCCAGGAGGCCAACUGCAGCGAGGCGCACAAGCAGGCCGUGGUGACGUGCGACACGGACGACACGGACAUUACGCUGGUGCUGACGGGCCGCCCGCUGCGCACCAAGCUCAACGCCUACAUUCGCAAGUGGCACGAGCAGCCGCAAAAGAUCCGCGACCUCUGCAACCAGGGCAUCAUCCCCUUUGAGCACGACCUCGAGAGCCACCGCCGCGAGGGCCAUGUCGGCGACGACGUCAAGUUUGAUAGCGACGAGGACGAGGUGGAGAUGCCGUACCUGAUGGGCCAGGUCGCCGGCAACAUCCAAAAGGUGCAGCCGGCCAAGGAGAUUGUCGACGAGAUGGUGGCCGGUGCCGUCGUGGCCCUGCAGCGCGGCCAAACCUACAUGGGGAAGCUGUAA